AUGUGGACGUCCAUAUUCGUUCUCGGAUUAUUUCUUCGUUCUAGCGAAGCUCGCUUUCUGCGAAUCGGUGGCGAUGCACCAGUUUUCAAGAGUUUGGUGAUUCGUGCACCUCAAAUGGGCGUAUCUUUCAACGGGCUUCCAAGCGGAAGUGGUACCGGCUUAGUUUCCACACCUACCUCAUCAUCUACUACUUCUUCCUCGGUUUACUCAGAUGACGUAUCCUCGGACUCAAUGUUACCUGGUUAUUCGACAGCCAGUGCUAUCUCAUUCUCCUCGACAGUAAGCAUGUUGAGUGAUUCAUCCAGAACGGACAUAUACACUUCGAACUUGCAAAGCCUCUCUUCCCCAACAUCUCAAAGCGAGUUUCAACCACAGUCGUUUUCUUCGUCGUCGUUUUCUUCGUCGUCGUUUUCAAGACAAUUCGCUACCACCGAUUCCACAACAGCGCCCACAGCUCCACUACCAUCACCAACUCUUACACCUUCCACAAGCCAGUUGCAUUUCGACAGUCCCAUAGUCGUCACCACCGUAAUCAACAGCCAGACAAAUGUCCUAAUAGUCCCAUCUGGCACAGAUCAGGGGCCCCCCAUCACCGUCACCGAGACCGCAACUCUAGACCCCGAGACCCCGGAAGCUACAUCAAGCGCCGCAGCCGUGGCCAGCGCUAUAUCAAGCAGCCAUGAUAUCCUCAACCAAUAUUUCUCCAACGUGAUGGACCAUGGGCAAGGCCAAGCCGCCGACGACUCAUUCGAGAGCACCGCUACGAUCCUAGGUGUGCUUUACGCUAAACUUUCGAAAUCCUCAAAAUCCGGAGGUGGUGGUGGCGGCGGCGGCGGUUGCAAAAAGACUCUUUUCAGCCUUGUUGGAUGCGCUUUAAGCACUGUUAAAAAAGCGAGUUCGGCUGUCAAGGCUGGCGUGAAGGCCGGUCUGGAUGUGGCGACAAACCAGGAGAAGAUAACCCGGAUUAUCGAGGACGAGGCGGUCAGAGCCGGCCUGGAUGUUGGUAGUAAAGGUAUUGAUGCUAUUGCUGCCGCUGUGGCGGAAGCAGCACAAAGCCUGAAGGACGGACCGGAAGAUGAGCCCACGCCAUCAGAGAGCCCGCAGUCGACGUCUGAGCCUACAGAAAGCCGUGACAGCUCGAUAUCAUCGACAACGACGCCUUCUUCCACAUCUUCGUCGUUCGCAUCGUCUUCUUCAAGCUCGUCCAGCUCGUCCGGUUCUUCUUCUUCCUCCUCUUCUUCCAGUUCAUUCCACGAUUUCUGCGACGUUCUAGAUACGAGUAUGCCACCUUGUCCUACCUUUACUGGCAUCAACAAAAACACCAACAAUGAGCCAAGCGUGCUAUUCGAACUCACCAGCCUGACGUGGAUGACUGGCGGACCGACACCAAUGUCAACCGUAUCCUUGGACCUAUCAGCUCCAUCAGCGUCCUCAAUGAUAUCCACCUUUUCAGUAGCAUCAUCGCCGACAUAUUCGGCUUCAAGCUCAUACGUCUCUUCAGCUACGCCUGAGUCGCCUAGUUCUUCCAGAUCCAGUAACGAUGUUCAAGGCUCGGGUACUUUAUCAUCAGCAUCGUUUCCACAGUCUUCUUCAUCAUCCUCCUUUGCCUCCUCCUCUGCCUUCUCCCAGCCCAACACACCCUCGACAAGCACACCCGCCCUCCCCUCCAGCACAUUGGCAGUGCAGAACUCACCCACAUCAAUUCUCAAUCCCAUCACCUCGCCCCCGUCUACCUUCAACACUGUGACCAUAGCGCCUUCAGCAGCAUCGUCCAGCUUGUCAAUGCAUUGCGAGACCUACAUCGUGGACCAAAACCAGUGCAUCUGCACAGCCGCGGACGGAUCCGUUUUCGUAGACGAUCGAGACAAGUGCUAG